UCCAACCAGGAAGUUUUCAUGGAGGAUCCAAAUAAGUUAAACUCUUAGGGAAUUAACCCGAAUUGAUACGGGUCGUUUGGAUUCGCCUGCCAACAUCCUCGAAUAUUGUAAAAGAUGGUUCAGACUCAAGGCGCCCCCCGAUAUUCUUCAGAAACAGACAGCAGAUGUCUUCUGGAGUCCGAGCUGCGAGCAUUGUUACAGCAAAGGAUCAUGAUCCUGGACGGCGGUAUGGGAACCAUGAUCCAGCAACAGGAGCUUCAGGAGGACGAUUUCCGAGGGGAAGAAUUUAAAGAGCAUAAGUUCUUUCUCAAAGGAAACAACGACCUGCUAAGCAUCACAAAGCCAGAUGUCAUCUACAAUAUUCACAAGGAAUAUCUACAGGCUGGUGCAGACAUUAUUGAGACCAACACAUUCAGCAGCACGUCUGUUGCUCAGGCUGAUUAUGGACUGGCGCACAUAGCUUAUCGACUUAAUAAAGCAUCAGCGGAGGUAGCAAGAAGAGCGGCGGACGAUGUUGGCAAACAAACUGGAUGCAAGCGCUACGUGGCCGGGGCAGUUGGCCCAACCAAUAAAACAUUGUCUGUAUCACCAUCUGUCGAGAGACCUGACUUUAGAAACAUAACUUUUGAUGAGCUCGUUGAAGCCUAUACGGAGCAAGUCAGAGGUUUAUUGGAUGGAGGAGCAGACAUCAUUUUGGUUGAAACCAUCUUCGACACAGCCAAUGCCAAGGCAGCACUGUUCGCCAUCGAUCUGCUGUUUGAGGAGUGCGACCAGAGGAAACCUCUCUUUAUAUCAGGUACCAUUGUUGACAGGAGCGGGCGUACUUUGUCCGGUCAGACAGGAGAUGCCUUCGUAGUGAGUGUAUCACAUACUGAACCAUUAUGUAUCGGCCUCAACUGCGCCUUAGGGGCAACAGAGAUGAGACCAUUCAUUGAGGCCAUAGGAAAGAGUACCACUGCUUUUAUAAUCUGUUACCCCAAUGCUGGUCUUCCUAACACAUUUGGAGCUUAUGAUGAAACUCCUGCAGUCACGGCUUCCAAUUUAAAGGAGUUUGCAGUGGACGGGCUAGUCAAUAUUGUAGGAGGCUGUUGCGGCACCACUCCAGCACACAUAAGAGCCCUAUCGGAAGCAGUUAAAGACUGCCAACCUCGAGCUCCUGUGGAGGACAUUUAUCAAGACUACUUGCUGCUCUCAGGUCUGGAACCAUUCAAGAUAGGCCCUUACACCAACUUUGUAAACAUCGGUGAGCGUUGCAAUGUGUCUGGGUCACGCAAGUUUGCCAAGAUGAUUAUGGCUGGAAACUAUGAGGAUGCAUUAGUCGUUGCUAAGGAACAGGUGGAGAUGGGAGCUCAAGUCCUCGAUGUCAACAUGGACGAAGGAAUGCUGGAUGGUCCGACAGCCAUGGCUCGAUUCUGUAAUUUUAUUGCGUCUGAGCCGGACAUUGCUCGGGUUCCUCUGUGUAUUGACUCGUCUAACUUUGCAGUGAUUGAAUCUGGUUUGAAAUGCUGCCAGGGCAAAUGUAUAGUCAACAGCAUAAGUUUGAAGGAAGGUGAGCUGGAGUUCCUGAGGAGAGCAGCAACUGUGAAACGCUAUGGUGCCGCUGUCGUGGUCAUGGCCUUUGAUGAGGAAGGUCAGGCCACAGACACAGCUCGCAAAGUGGAGAUCUGCACCCGAGCUUAUAACUUGUUGGUUAGUAAAAUUAGGUUUAAUCCCAACGACAUCAUCUUCGACCCCAAUAUCCUGACAAUUGGCACCGGCAUGGAGGAACACAAUGAGUAUGCUGUCAAUUUCAUCUGGGCCACAAAAAUGAUUAAGGAGACAUUACCAAGAGCCAGAGUGAGUGGAGGUCUCUCCAACCUGUCUUUCUCCUUCAGAGGAAUGGAGGUCAUCCGAGAAGCUAUGCAUGGAGCAUUUCUCUACCAUGCUAUUAAGGAUGGGAUGGAUAUGGGAAUAGUCAACGCUGGGAAUCUGCCCGUGUAUGAUGAUAUUGAUAAAGAACUGCUGCUAAUGUGCGAAAACCUGAUCUGGAACAAAGACGUGGAUGCCACGGAGAAACUUCUGGCCUAUGCACAAAACUAUGUGAAGGGAGGGAAAAAGGUAGUUCCAACAGACAAGUGGAGAGAAAAAAGUGUGGAAGAUAGGCUAGCCUAUGCUCUCAUCAAGGGAAUAGAAACAUAUGUGGUACAGGAUGUGGAAGAAUGUCAGACAAAUACGGAUCGCUACACCCGCCCCCUUCACAUCAUUGAGGGUCCUUUAAUGAACGGCAUGAAGGUGGUUGGAGAUCUCUUUGGUGCUGGGAAGAUGUUCCUGCCACAGGUCAUUAAGUCUGCUCGUGUUAUGAAGAAGGCAGUGGGCCAUCUCAUUCCCUUCAUGGAGAAAGAGAGAAAGGAGAUGUUAUCUUUAUCUGGGUCAACGUCAGAGAUGAGUCCUUAUCAAGGCACCGUCAUUCUAGCGACAGUCAAAGGUGACGUCCAUGAUAUUGGCAAGAACAUUGUCGGUGUGGUCCUGGGUUGCAACAACUUUAGAGUGGUUGACUUGGGCGUGAUGGUUCCUUGCGAUAAGAUUCUCCGAGAGGCCGUGGAACAAAAAGCAGACGUUAUUGGCUUGUCCGGCCUCAUCACCCCUUCUCUAGAUGAGAUGAUCCAUGUGGCCAAAGAAAUGGAGAGACUGGGGAUGGCAACGCCAUUGCUGAUCGGGGGAGCCACCACAUCCAAGACUCACACAGCAGUCAAGAUUGCCCCGCGUUACACCUCUCCUGUUAUCCAUGUUCUGGAUGCUUCUCGCAGUGUAGUUGUGUGCUCUCAGCUACUGGACGAUAGCUCAAGAGAAGAAUAUUUUGAAGAUAUCAAAGAGGAAUAUGAAGAGAUAAGACAGGAGCACUACGACUCCUUGAAGGAUCGUCGUUAUCUGUCUCUAUCCCAGGCUAGAGAAAAAGGUCUACAUAUUGACUGGUUGUCGGAAAUGAAGCCAGUGAGUCCUCAGUUCUAUGGCACCCGUGUUUUUGAUCAAUAUGACCUGACCAAACUGAUUGAUUUCAUCGAUUGGAAGCCUUUCUUUGAUGUGUGGCAGCUCAGGGGAAAGUAUCCUAAUCGAGGCUACCCUAAGAUUUUCAAUGACAAGACAGUUGGAUUGGAAGCACGCAAAGUUUUUGAUGAUGCCCAGCGGCUGCUCAACCAAAUGAUUGUUAACUCGAGUCUUACGGGGCGAGGACUGGUAGGGUUCUGGCGAGCCCAAAGUAACGGCGACGACAUCAACGUGUACAAUAAUGACGAUUCCGAGCCCAUCACAGUCUUGCACGGUUUACGGCAACAGGUGGAAAAGGACAGUUCAAAUUCCGAACCCUACAUGUGCUUGGCUGACUUUGUGGCCACCCGUCGACAGCGGCUUGGCUUGAUUACAUCGGAGUCUUUGCUGUGGGUGUGUUUGGUGGCUGAGGAACUGAGUCGGCACUUCCAGGCUGAGGGAGAUGACUACAACAGUAUCAUGGUCAAAGCCUUGGCUGACCGACUGGCAGAGGCAUUCGCUGAAGAGCUACACGUUCGUGUGCGCAAGGAACUGUGGGGCUACUGUGGCGAUGAGUCUCUGCAAGCCUCGGACCUCCACAGGGUUCGUUAUCAGGGUAUCAGACCGGCCGCGGGCUACCCAAGCCAACCUGAUCACACUGAGAAGAUUACAAUGUGGAAGCUUGCUCGUAUACAGGAGAGCAUUGGUAUUACCUUGACAGAAUCACUGGCAAUGACCCCCGCUGCCUCAGUCUCUGGACUUUAUUUCUCCAACCCCCACGCCACAUACUUUGCUGUUGGAAAGAUCACCAAGGAGCAGGUGGAGGAUUAUUCAAGAAGGAAAAAGAUGCGUAUAGACGAAGUUGAGAAGUGGCUGGCUCCCAUCCUUGGUUACAAUAGUGAGGUGUAGAACCACACCAACAGUAAGAGACUUCAGAAAAUGACUGAAUUGUUGGUUUCGUAUUUGCCAGGUGUCAUUUACAGUAUUAUUCAAAAUAGUACAUAGUAAGAAAAUAAAUUAUUGAACUCAAUUAUUGCAUCUGUUUGAAUGACACCUUGACUUGCUUGUACUGUUUCUAAAUUGAUAGAUUAAGGGCUAUAGAAAUAAAUUGGACUUGGCCAGAUAAACCAGUGGUUUUAGAAUGGCGGAUGUACAAAACAAAAUCUAUUUGUGUGGCACAGGUUUUUUAAUGAUCAAAAAUAAACUUUUUGUGCAGUA